CGAGGACUACAACGAGGAGAGCGCGGACACUUUAAAAUGUGACACGCAAUGGAUCGUUUCCAUGGUUCCGCUUCCAUCUGUCAGUUCGCGACGUUCCUUUCAGAUUAGCGUGUUUAGGUUCUGUGAGAUGUCCAGACACAGUCGGCACGGAGGAGAGACUAAAGUUUAUGUUGGGAACCUGGGAACUGGAGCAGGGAAAGGAGAACUCGAGCGGGCUUUCAGUUAUUACGGGCCUUUGAGAACUGUGUGGAUCGCCAGAAACCCUCCAGGAUUUGCCUUCGUGGAAUUUGAUGAUCCCAGAGACGCCGAAGAUGCCGUCCGUGGCCUCGAUGGCAAAGUGAUCUGUGGAACCCGUGUGCGUGUAGAGUUAUCGACAGGUAUGCCUCGCCGCUCCCGCUACGAUCGCCCGCCCACUCGGCGCCCCUUCGACCCUAAUGACCGUUGCUAUGAGUGCGGCGAGAAGGGGCAUUACGCGUACGACUGUCACCGCUACAGUCGCCGCAGACGGAGCAGGUCUCGUUCUCGUUCUCGCUCUCGUGGAAGGAGGCAUUCCCGUUCCCACUCUCACAGCCGGAGCCGAGGCAGGAGAUCGAGGUCCUUCUCUCCUCGCCGCUCUCGCUCUGGCUCUCCAAGAAGGUCCAGGUCUGGCACACCCAGAAGGUCCGGGUCUAGAUCACGAUCCAGAUCUCGCUCUCGCUCUGCUUCUCAUCCCAGGAGCAGAUCCGGCUCUGUUGGGAGAUCCAGGUCUAGAUCUGCAGCCAGGAGUUACAGUCGCUCUCCUUCCCAAACCCCUGGCAGAAGCAAGAGCCCGGUUCGUGACGACUGAGGAUCCAUUAGCUGUUUAUUUCUCUCUAUCUAGAUUUGUUUGCAUCUCAGUUUGGAAUUGAUUUCUUCACUCUCCUUUGUUCACCUGACCAAAAUGGUCAGUAUUUACCGCAGUCCAGGUAAAUCUGAUACAGAAAGAAAUUAAUUGUUGUCAUUUUCGAUAGUUGAGCUAUUAGGAAAUGACCUUUUGUGUUGUGUGUUUUGUUUAUAGAAGUAAUUUUAUCAUUGUGUAUUUCUCAUGGAAUACAGUAGAUGCUGUUUGUUUUCUGUAUACACAGGUUUGGAAUUUUUCUUUUUUAAUAAAUGUGCUUAUUAAAUUAAGUUCACGUUCACACACACACAAAAAAAAAAAAAGAAAA